AUAAAACUAAGAAAUCGUUUGGUAUUUUUGUUAAAGCAAUUUUAUACAUUAGUUAUCAUUCUACGUUCCGACGACAUAGUUAAAAUUCACAAUUGAUCACAUUCGCAUAUGUAUAGUGUUUUAAAUGUUGGUACUUUUUCGGCUUAUUUAGUACACUUUUUUUUAGUCAUUUGGUACAAAAUUAAAAAACUCAUUUAUCAUCCCUGAUACAGAGUGUAUUAGAGAAAAUCUUGUCCAAAUCCGUUCAAUAGUUUUCGAGAUUACCGCGUAUCUCGACCCUGGCGCCACCUAACGACACCAUUUUUUGCAAAAAUGUUUCUGCUUAAAUAACCAGUAUAUAUAUAUUAUAAAUAGCAGCCAAAUCGGCCUAUAAAUAAGUUAGAUAUAGGACUUUUAAUUUUUUACGCGGUCGACUUUUCGAUGGAAACACCCAUAUUUCAAACCGAAUUCUUAAUAAAUUAAUGACCGAAAAUUACAAAAUUAGGUUUGAAAAUAAAGUUUAGAUCCUUGACUACAAGUGUGUGGACCGGGUCGCCCAUUCAGAUACAAUAUCCCGAAAUCAUUGGGCAUAUCACUAAACUGUAGCCAAUAUUUAAAAUAGUCUCGUUAAUAGCUUUAAAAAUUAAUUAAAAUUUUUGUUAAAAGAAUGCAACUACAGUGCUUCUGGAAAAUAUACCCAACACAGUAUCUAGUAAAGGAGUAUUCACGCAAUGGCAUGAACUUCUUGGCUGGCAUACUCCCUCGUUGGAUCCGGCACAAAAUCAAAAUGUAGCUUUGAUCAAAAAACAAUUUCAUUUGCUAUGGGGUCAUCGAUGCAUCAAGGUCUUGUUAGUAGACUUACUUCGAAACAUUAAUGCGACCUACGAACGAAUAGAAUUUCAACCACCGGCACAUGCAUCUACUAGCAACUUAAUCCGACGAGCAUUGGAUCGCGGCUCAACACGAGGAAACUUCACAAGAGGCAGCAGAACAUGGCGUCGGCUGGAUGGCAAUGAAGUUGAACAAGUGUCGCGCGUAUGUGCAAUGUUUUAUGCUGCGCUAAAUACGCUUUCACAACUCAGACUAGAUAUAUUAACAGGCAUCUGUUACAAUGAUAACGUUUUGUAUGAUCUGUGGCUACUUCUUACAUCGCUCGGCCCGAAUUGUGGGAUGAAGGAAUUUACGGAACUGUUAAAGCAGGAAAACGCCUUGAAGAAACCCCAAAUCGCAAUGUUGAUGCUAUUUUGUGAUAGCAUGACUCAUUACGUUACCAUUUUAGAUGAAUAUGAAAUGUAUACCGAACAAAAACCAUUUCUUCUCAAUGACUUUGUCAUGCUCACUUACUUCCUGAACAACAUACUAUUUAAAAUAAUAAACGAAAACUUGUUAGGAACAAAAAAUGUCACACAAUGUCCAGUCUUCGUAUCCUUGCAUACGUUGCUGCUGUGUCUUUAUCGACGUGAUUGCCGUCGCUCAUUUGCGCCAAGUAACCAUUGGCUUAUACCCGAAGUGAAGCCUUCGACAUUUAUCAGUGAUUUGGAAAAAGCUAAACGACACGCAGUGAUUUUGCUGCAGAAAAUGCCUCAUAUAAUUCCACAUGAAGAUCGUGUCAAACUAUUUCGAAAGUUCGUCCAGAAUGAGAAGGCGGUAAUGGGCUUGACGGAGAGCGCCUGCGCAUCACCACGUUCCGCAUUGAUUGUUGUGCAUCGCGACCGCAUUGUGGAGGACGGCUACCGCCAGUUGGCUGCGCUGAGGCCACAUGCAUUGAAAGGUGUCAUUCGUGUACGUUUUAUCAAUCAGCAAGGCCUGCACGAGGCCGGUAUUGAUCAAGAUGGAGUUUUCAAAGAAUUUCUGGAGGAAACAAUCAAGAAAGUGUUUGAUCCGUCGUUAAAUUUAUUCAAAACGACCUCUGAUCAACGGCUAUAUCCUUCCCCUAUAUCAUAUGUGCAGGACAAUCAUUUGCAGCUGUUUGAGUUUGUCGGACGAAUGUUGGGCAAAGCCGUGUACGAGGGCAUAGUUGUUGAUGUUCCUUUCGCUUCGUUCUUUCUCUCUCAGCUUUUGGGACAAACACAUCAGGCGCUGUACUCUUGUAUGGAUGAGCUGCCUUCUUUGGACAACGAACUCUAUCGCAGUCUCACUUUUAUUAAGCACUACAAGCAAGAUGUGUCUGAUUUAAAUUUAACCUUCUCGGUUGAUCAGGACGUAAUGGGAAAGAUUGUAACGCAUGAGCUGCAUCCCGGUGGGAAAGCUCGCUCCGUCACUGAUCACAACAAGCUGGUUUAUAUCCAUUAUAUGGCUUACUUUCAUAUGAACACACAAAUCCGCGAACAGACUCAGGCGUUUAAUCGUGGGUUUCGCAGUAUUGUCAAUCCAGAAUGGUUGUCUUUAUUUUCUCCUCCUGAAUUACAACGUCUCAUUUCUGGCGAUACAGUGCCAUUAGAUCUCCGAGAUCUACGAAAGCAUACACAGUAUUAUGGCGGCUUUCACGAUUCUCAUCGGGUCGUCGGCUGGUUAUGGGACAUCUUAGCCAAAGAUUUCACCGAGGAAGAGCGCAAAUUGUUUCUUAAGUUUGUAACUAGUUGUUCAAAACCUCCACUGUUAGGCUUUGCCAAUCUUGAGCCGCCGUUUUCUAUUCGCUGCGUUGAAGUUGGUGACGACGAGGACACUGGAGACACUAUUGGCAGUGUCAUACGUGGCUUCUUCACCAUACGCAAGAAAGAUCCUCUGAAUCGCUUGCCAACGUCAUCCACCUGCUUCAAUUUACUAAAAUUGCCAAACUACCAGAAGAAGUCCACACUGCGCGACAAAUUACGCUACGCUGUUAGCAGCAACACAGGAUUUGAGCUAUCCUAAAUAAUUUUUUUAGGCUAAAAUGUUGUGUGCAUCCCAAGACCAAUGAGUGGGGGUUCCCUUAAUGAGUUACAAAAUGUAAAUUCCUUUAGCAACAAGACAUAACUAGAAGUACGAGUAUCAUGUAACAGAGCAUUUUCCAAAGUACCACCAUAAUGGCUGCUGUUUCGAGUUUCUACAUAUCAGCUAGUUUCCGAUUUUAAUACUUGAGACGUGGGCGGUAUCCAUUAAUUUCACUUUCGGGGGCAAACUUAAAUGCUCAACUUUAUAAUCACAUGUUUUUGUUUUAUCGGUCGGGGUUAGUUUUUUUUGCGAUUUUUUUAAGAUUUAUUUUAAGUAAUUUUAUGGAUUUUAAAUUUUAUUUCAGAAAUAGUUGAGUUUUGUUCACAGUUUGUAAGCUAAUUUUCUCUUUGAUGUCGUGCAUAUGUAUUGUGUUCGGGAGUUUUAGAUAACUGUGAUAAACAAGUUUACAUAACAUUACCAGAAUGUAAUAUUUGUCCACUUUCACAUAAAUAUAUGUAUGUAUAUUAUUGGUGUUAUUGGAAUAUUAAGAAACUAUGUACAUAUGUAGCUGAGUAUGUGCAUACAUAUGUAUGUAUGUAAGAAAAUAAAUUUCAAUAAAACGAUUACACUGUGUGACAGUGAAAAAACA